AAAGAGCAACAACACAGGACUAAAUGUUGAAGAAUUACUCUAGUGCCAUUGAUUUUUAUCUCCUUGGUUUCUAUGGCUCCAAAGAACAACACAAUAUCCUCUUUGCUGUCUUCCUCUUUCUCUAUUCAGUGACAUUAAUGGGAAACAUAGUCAUCAUUGUGACUGUCUGUGUUGAUAAACGUCUGCAGUCCCCCAUGUAUUUUUUCCUUGGCCACCUCUCUGUCCUAGAGAUCCUGAUCACAUCUGUUGCCGUUCCCUUGAUGCUCUGGGGCUUGUUGCUCCCUGGGAUGCAGGCUAUAUCUUUGACUGCCUGUGGUGCACAACUAUACUUGUACCUUUCUUUGGGCACGUCGGAGUUGGUAUUACUGGGAGUGAUGGCUGUGGACCGUUAUGUGGCUGUGUGUAACCCUUUGAGAUACAGCAGCAUUAUGAACAGCCACACCUGCAUCUGGGUGGUAAUUAUGUCAUGGGUGUUUGGGUUCCUUUUUCAAAUCUGGCCAGUUUAUGCCACGUUUCAGUUGACCUUCUGCAAAUCGAAUGUGUUAGACCAUUUUUAUUGUGACCGAGGGCAACUUCUCAGACUAUCCUGUGAUGACAGCCUUUUCACAGAGCUUAUUCUUUUUUUAAUGGCUGUCUUCAUUAUUGUUGGUUCUUUGAUCCCUACAAUUGUCUCCUACACUUACAUCAUCUCCACCAUCCUCAAGAUCCCCUCAGCCUCUGGCCGGAGGAAAGCCUUCUCCACAUGUGCCUCCCACUUCACCGUUGUUGUGAUCGGCUAUGGCACCUGCCUGUUCCUCUAUGUGAAACCCAAGCAAACACAGGCAGCUGAAUACAACAGGGUAGCAUCAGUGAUGGUUUUAGUAGUGACUCCUUUUCUGAACCCAUUUAUCUUCACCCUCCGGAAUGACAAAUUCAUAGAGGCCUUUCGAGAUGUCAUGAAACGCUGCUGUCACCUCCUCAAGGGUUAGUUCUGUCCUAAAGACAAUCAUGGACUCAUCAUCAUGGAACCGAGUAAUCUGAAAGCCCUAAUUCAAAUCUGAAAUGAUCCUUUUCAUCAACAAAUAGUUUGUAAUCUACAAGGGAAUUUUAAGAAACUGGAAGUGUUCCAUUUUGUAACUGGAUGGUUCCUAUA